UUUCCAGCUGAUCCAGCUCAGGAGCAGGAGAGGGACCAACUGUGAGAGGGACCACCGCACUUUUUUAAUGCUUUUUGAGUGCAAUCCAAGCGCCGCACUUUUUUCUCCUCAUAGAAAUAAGGCAUUUGUUUUAUAAAUGUCUUUUUCUUGCAACCAAUCCCUGGAUGGCAGUUUUCCUCCGUCUCCAGCGGAGGACGGGGUCUCCCAGAGGCUGUCCUGGAGCAAUCUGUUGCAGAGGCUCACUGAGCUGAAAGGGAUCAACCAGAGGGCCUCUGCAGAUCAGGAUUACAGGAGUGAAUCUGGAUCUGUGGCAGACUUAUCCCUGUCAGAGUCAGAGAAUAGCUUCUGUUUCCCCCUUGAGGAGACCCUGGCUGCAGAGGUGGUGUCCACAAUCACACAAAGCCUUAACAAUGCAUCAUCCAUCCUGUGCUGCUCCAAACUCAUCAUCCCCGACUGUUUGAUACACAACAUAAGCCAAGAGCUGCUCCAUCUGGCCGUCAAUGAACCCUGUGGACUGAGGGGAGCCGUGAUAGACCUGUGCGUGGACAGGAGCGACCAGGGCCUGCUGUGCACUGUGGAUCAAAUAGCAGUGGAUCCCACCCUGGUCCCGACUUUUCAUGUGACUCUGGUGCUGAGGCUGGAGUCUGGAGGACUCUGGCCUAAAGUUCAGAAGCUCUUCAAAGGAGGCAAGCCUCCAUCUGCUAUGUCUCCAAGGCACCACAGAAACCUGAGGCUGAGCAGCAGCUUCAGGGCCAUCAGGAGGAAACUCUACACUUCAGGAGAACUGUUAAUUGAAGAGUGCUGCUAACUCCUGCCGUACCAAUGUGUCUUAUUAGAUCAACCGAACUUUUUUUAUUUUACACCUACCUGUACUGUAUAUUCAUUUA